UGCUGCAAUUAAAUAUCAGUGUAAUGCUAAUGACAAACUUUGAUUGUGUUCGUCAAAUCCCCAAAAUAGAUAUAAGUAUAUAUAUAACUUACCAAUGAAAAGGCUUUUUAAGAACCUGAGACUAAACACUGAUGACGAAUGCUAACGUUAGUGCAUCGACCAUCGAACACGGCCUAACUAUACGUAUCAUUUAUAUCACACAGUUGACUGUGAAUUACGUGUAACUUUUUUCAGAUAAAAUGUGUAUUAUUGCUCUAUUAAUUGCGUCGAAAUAACAAGCAACAUAUCUUUUGUUUUUCUUCUUUUGGUAACAUUUCGAGAAGCACGCAAAGAACAUAAUUUUUUUCAGGAUGUUACUAAGAAAUGACAUCAAAAAACAAAUUGACCAUUAUUUUUUCUCCCAAUAAUUGCAUUUAUCUUUUCAAAUGGGUCAUAUCCUUCUAACUCUAAAUAGGUUGAUUCUUUGGGUUUUCGUGUAGCCUAACUUUUUUUUUUUUUUUUAAAUUAAACCUUUUAGUUCUUCUUUCUUGUUUAUAUAUUCCUCCUAAGUCCUAAUCACCAACCUCACCUGAGUAUACCUUUUCAUAUCCCCUACAAAAUUAUACCAUAAUACAUAAUUAGCAUAUAUUUUCCUAUUAUAAAUCUUUAUAUUAAUACUGAAGUAUCGUCAUACUUCAAAUUCAAAUCGUGGAAUCCAGUGUGUUUAAGAAAAAAAUCACCGAACAUGAUCGUACAUACAUAAAUAUGAUAUAGGCAAAUAGAAUAAGAAAAAAGGAAAUAGUACUGUAAAUCAAUAAAGAAUACGGACUGCAAGAAGUAGAAAAAAGUAAUAAUGAUGGAAAAAGAUAAAACAUCACGCAAAACCUUAAAAGAAAGAAAGUCUUCUGGUUGUCGUGUGUUACUCUCUCCUCAAAUAGUUAGCCAAAGUUUUCACGUCAAAUUUUUAACCCUCAAAAACACCAUUUUUUCAUCUCUCUCUCCUUCGUAUCAUACUAUAUUAGAACUACGAGUACCCACCUCUCUCUUUCACCUAACCCUCUCUCCCUAUACUCUCCAUUCGCUCUCUACCUCUCUCUCUCUUUCGCUUUCUAUCUCCUAGAAAAAUGUCAGUCAACCAUUACUCCACAGACCACCACCACACUCUCUUGUGGCAACAGCAACACCGCCACACCACCGACACAACGGAGACAACCACCACCGCCACAUGGCUCCACGACGACCUAAAAGAGUCACUCUUCGAGAAGUCUCUCACACCAAGCGACGUCGGCAAACUCAACCGCCUCGUCAUACCAAAACAGCACGCAGAGAAAUACUUCCCUCUCAAUGCCGUCGUAGUCUCCUCUGCUGCUACUGACACGUCAUCGUCGGAGAAAGGGAUGCUUCUAAGCUUUGAAGACGAGUCAGGCAAGUCAUGGAGGUUCAGAUACUCUUAUUGGAACAGCAGUCAAAGCUAUGUCUUGACUAAAGGAUGGAGCAGAUUUGUCAAAGACAAACAGCUCGAUCCAGGCGACGUCGUUUUCUUCCAACGACACCGUUCUGAUUCCCGGAGACUCUUCAUUGGGUGGCGCAGACGUGGCCAAGGCUCCUCCUCUGCCGCAGCCACUAACUCCGCCGUGAAUAUGAGUUCUAUGGGAGCUCUUUCUUAUCAUCAAAUCCACGCCACUAGUAAUUACUCUAAUCCUCCCUCUCACUCAGAGUAUUCCCACUACGGAGCCGCCGUAGCAACAGCGGCUGAGACUCACUCCACACCAUCGUCAUCCGUCGUCGGAAGCUCAAGGACAGUGAGGCUUUUCGGUGUGGAUUUGGAGUGUCAAAUGGAUGAAAACGACGGAGAUGAUUCUGUUACCGCCGCUGCCACCACCGUUGAUCUCCCGAUGGUUACUACGGCCAAAACAUGUACUAUUAUUACUCUCAUCCUCAUAAUAUGAAUAUAGCUUUCACGGGGGAACGAUGAAGGAGCUGAGAGAUAAGACGACGAGGAUGAGAGAUCCAAAGAAGUGACAACAUUUUCGGAAUUGACUUAAAAGCUUUAUGGGACCAGACUUUGUAGCCACAUAGGCCAUUUUUCUGGCAAUUUGUAUGCAAUUUUUAAUAAUAUCUCAUUAGCUUCCGUACUGUAUGUAACUAAUUUGGAAAAGAAAAAAAAAUCGCUGAAUUUGAGGAAAAA